AUGUCAGAGGAGGAGAAACGGCCGUGCGAAUCCGUCCCGUCCUGUCGUGCGCAGCGCGCGGCGGGUGAAAUGAGAGCGGAAUUGGGACGAGACGGCCUUCCGACGUCACGGCUCCACGCGUCGCCGAGGAAAGAGCGGACGGACGGACAAACCGCGAGUCGGUCAGGGCACGACCGCACAAAGCUGUCCAGUCUGCGCGUCACGGACGAGGACGGAGUUCGCUUCCCUUUCGCCGGCGUGGCCCCGCCUCCCGCCUCGCCCUCGUCGCCCUCCCCCGCGGCCGCGCCGAGGGUCCCCCUUAGGCCCGGCCGGGGGGGCUCCGACUCUUCCUUCCCGCCCGCGCGGAGGACGCCCGUGUCGCAGCGCUCGCUGGACUCGCCGCUUGGCCCCGCCUCCCGCCCACGCAGCCCCCGGGGGUGCUUCGACCCGUACGACUCGCCGGAGCUGCGCUCGAUGACACCGAUUGGACUUGAUUCGGAAAGCCACGCCCCUUUCUACAGAAGACCUCACCGCUCACAGUGCACGUCAGAGCAAAUGAGAAUCGUGAGGUCAAAGGAACUGCCUGAAGAGCUCAGAGACAGAAUUGUGGCAAGGCGCAGAUCUGGCCGAGGUUACCCCCAAAAAUUGUGCUGCACGCUUCAGGAUCGGGACAAAGAGUACGUCGGCUUUGCCGCGUUGCCCAAUCAAGUUCACAGAAAAGCCGUGAAGAAAGGUUUCGCCUUCACGCCGAUGGUAGCAGGAGAGAGCGGCCUGGGAAAGUCGACGCUUAUCAACGGCUUGUUCCUCACCGACCUUUACAAAGACCGAAAGAUUCCCAACGCCGAAGCUGGAAGCAUCUGGAGGACUACGUGGAGCAGCAGUUCCAUCGGUUCUUCAGGGACGAGAGCGGCCUCGACCGCGGGAACAUCCGAGACAACCGCGUGCACUGCUGCCUCUACUUCAUCUCGCCUCACGGACACGGGUCCGCGAGGAGCUGCGUCGCUUCGGGAUCAACAUCUACCGCUUCGCCGGCCGCGACUCGGACGACGACGACGACGACUUCGAGAGGCGCGACCGGCUGCUCAAGGUUCCCGAGCGAGUCGACCGAAUAACGCCCGACGGGUCCGCCGCGUGACGGUCGCCGUGCAGGACAGCGUCCCGUUCGCAGUCAUCGGGAGCAACGUCCUGGCGGAGAGUCGAGGGCGCAGGGUCAAGGGUCGCACGUACCCCUGGGGCGUGGCGGAAGUGGAGAGUGCGGCCCACUCGGACUUCCUGCUUCUGCGGGACAUGCUGGUGAGGACGCACAUGCGGGACCUGAAGGACGUGACCCGCGAGAGCCACUACGAGAACUACCGAGCGCGCUGCAUCCGCAACAUGACGCGCAUGGUCGCGCGGGACCCCAAGCGCAGUUUGCGUGCGAAGUGCCGAGAAGAAAGCGACGCGGACGUCCCUCUGCCGCUGGCCGCCUUCGACGCGGACAAGGAUCGACUCGCCUCGGAGAAAGACCGGGAGAUUGUCGGCCCCGCCCUAAAAUCGGGACGAAUCCGCUCUGGACGCGCAUCUGACCUAAGGACAAUCGAGAGGAUCAUUCGAGAAGAUUUAAGUUCGUCUGGCGUUUGACGCGCUCGGCAAAAGCAGGCCGAUCGUCUUUGUGUGUGUACCGACCGGGCAAGAGUCCAUCAGCGCCUUCGUCGGUCACCGAUGGCUCUUUCGAUGGGUCAGUAAGUCAGCGAGCAACCUCGUUGAGUCAUCGACUCGCUCGCGCAGGACGUAGUUUCCUCCGUACGGGAAACCGAGUCAACAUUGGAAAGCUACGUUUGCGCAUCCGGAAUUAACAUUGUCGACGGAAUGACAUUUUGAAUCGUUGGAAUAUCGGGAACAGAAUUGCGACGUCAUUCAGUUGCCCGGUCAAAACUGAAGUUCGGAUUUCGCCGAGGACGAACGCCGUCAACUUUUGUCGUGCGGGUGUUUUGCGUUUCUCGUCCCAGAUAGCCACGAUUCGGUUGCGGAGAUCCGCGGGCGAAUUACGGAUAUCCGCAUCUGAAUCGUAGACGUCCGUAAGUCCCGUCUGAGGUCUCGACAGUUCGAGCCCUAAUUCCGGACAGACGGUAUACAACUUGAUUUGGCCGAGUCCUAAUGAGAUCGAAGACACGGAGAUAUCUGGAACGGAGGUGAAUUCAAACGAGCUCGAAUCGGAUUAUGACCCGAAAUUGUCGAGAACCGAGCCCGUCCACGUGAACGGCAAAAGCGGCGAAUAUCCGAAAUGUCAAUUGCAGAUAGGGGGACCUGCGACGCGGACACGCGUGCGUCGUAGCCGCCGGGUCGUCGCUCACCUCGUGCCGGUCGUGUGCGCAGCUCAGGG